AUAAGAAGAGAAAGGAGGAGAAAGCGACUGAUCUCUUGCGCUUCCACGCCUCCUGAUUCGCCACCACAACUCCACGUUUGCCUCGUUAUCCACUCUCUCCCUCCAACUCGGUCUUCGAUCGAUUCUCCAUAAUCCAUCCUCGAUCCUUCUAGUUUGGUGGAUUCUUCGUUCACUCUGGUGUUCGCUCCGCCAAAUCGUGGUUGAGAGUGAAAAAUGUGGCGCCUUUUCCAUGUCCUCGACGAGCACUUCGAUGACUGCGUCCCUCGGCAACCUCAUCUUCCUCGGAGGCUCGCGGAGUACCGCCGCCGGUAGUGCUCCACGCUACUUGUUCGCGCUAUUUCCCCAGUACUGGAGCCGGCGGAGGCAGCGGGGUGCGUCUCGGUUGGUUAGCUAUUGCAGCAGGAAAGGGCGCCGCAAGAAGAGAUCUUGGUGGCAAAAAUUCUUCUCGGACGUCGACGAGGAGAGCUGGUUCAGCUGGAGCGCGGAGGAUGUGCUGGGUGUUGAUGAGUUAGGCGAGGAGGAGCGCGAGGAGGAUGUGACGGAGGCCGAAAAGUUUGAGGCUUGGAAGAGCCGCGCCGAGGCGAUUGUGGAGCUCCUUGAAGCCCAGGAGGAUGUGAGAAAUGCCGAGAACCGCGCGUGGGAGGAUUGGCUCAGAGGAGAUGAGUCGAUGAACUCGCAUUCUUCGUCCUGGUAUCAGGAUUGGGGCGGCGGUGAGGCGGAAUCGCCAAGAGAGGUGAAUGAUGACCCGAAGGUGGUAAUGCGGGAGAAGGGUCUUGUUGAAGCCUUUAAAGAGUCAAUUGGAGAGAAUGACGAUGAGUUGCUUUUUGAAGAUAGAGUUUUCCGUUAUGCUUCGAGCAGUUCGGCUAAAUUUCUAGCUGUGUUGAUUCUUGUUCCAUGGGCAUUAGACUUUGUAGUUCAUGACUAUAUCAUGAUGCCAUUUUUAGACAGGUAUGUAAAGACUGUGCCACUUGCUGCCAAGAUGCUUGAUGUUAGGAGACAACAAAAGCUUGAGAUGAUAGAUACAUUAAAACUCGAGAAAGCAAGAUUGCGCUUGGAAGUCGAGAUUGGCAAAGCUCCCUCUAUUUCAGAUGAUGAGGUCUGGUUGGAGUUGCAGCAUAAAGCGAUAGAAUUAAGAGAUGAAAAGAGAUUAGAAAAUCGAAGAGCAUUCGCAAAUAUCUGGUCAGAUUUGGUCUACAGCUUAGCAUUGUUCCUUCUUAUCUACUUCAAUAGGAGCAAAGUUUCUCUGCUGAAGUUUACAGGAUAUAAGCUUCUAAAUAACGUUACAGAUGCUGGGAAGGCAUUUCUUAUCAUUCUAAUCGCUGACACCUUCUUAGGGUAUCAUUCUGAAUUGGGUUGGCAGGUUUUGAUAGAAGUUAUUCUCGAGCACUAUGGACUUGAAGUGGAUGAAGCUGCAAUAACCAUCUUUAUAUGCUCAGUUCCAGUCAUCCUUGAUGCUUGUGUCAAGCUCUGGUUGUUUAAGUUCCUUCCAAGAUGGUCUCCGAACGUUUCAAAUAUCUUCCGUAGGAUGCAACGGCAUUAGGCACAUGCAAGGCCAACUCUGGAUUUUUCCACCUUCAAGACAGUCUACAUGGUGCAGAUCAAACCUGAAUCUGGAUAUUCAUACAAAUUUUUACCACAUUAUUUCCAAUCAAUUUUUUUUAGUCCACAUGAAAUAAGAUGUGAAUGAUUCUCCUCAAUUUUGUUUCUUAGAAAAGUCUCCUUGCCAUUCAAUGUAUGUGCUGCAUAAUGAAACAUUUACAGCAGCAUUCUAUCAGGUAGAAAUUAUGAAGAUGCAGCAUUUAGCAGUAUAGACAGGAUUUGUUUCACAAUUUAAUGGUACGAGUUUGGGUGAUAGGAAUGAUUAUCCUAAUCUUAUGCAUUUUUAUUUGGAAGGUAGUUUUUAUGGUUGUUAUUGU